AUGCCUGUGAAACAUCUAGUCUUAUUCCAAUUCAAAGCCAACAUCGGCGCCGACGCCGUGAAAGAGGCAACGUCGCGCAUGCUUGGUCUAAAAGAAGGCUGCCUCAACGCGUCGCGGAAGCAAUACAUCAAGUCUCUUACCGGCGGCAAAGACAACUCCAUCGAGGGAGCACAGCGCGGUAUCACACACGCUUUCGUUGUGGAAUUCGAAUCGAUUGAGGACCGCAACUAUUACGUCAACUCUGAUCCGCAUCAUUCGGAAUUCAAGAGCUUCGUAUUGCCGUUUCUAGAGAACUUCGUCAUUGUGGAUUAUUCCGAGGGAGUCUUCUAG